AUGUCAGGCACCAAGCACGGCUACGGGGACCCUAGAGUUUGUAUUUGUUUGUGCCUGAUCAGUUUUGUUCUUAUCUUCUCUUUUUUUGUAGCUGGGCUGCCCUUUCUGAUCAUCGAAACAAGCACAAUCCAACCCUACCAGCGGGGCUUUUACUGUGAUGAUGACAGUAUCAAGUACCCUCAGAAAAAGAUUGAGACGAUCAACGAUGCGGUGCUGUGUGCUGCAGGCAUCCUCAUUACCAUCCUCGCCAUUAUAACGGGCGAGCUCUACCGGAUCCACUACCUGAAAGAGAAGUCGCGCUCUUUCAUCCAGAACCCCUACGUGGCGGCGCUCUACAAGCAAGUGGGCUGCUUCGUUUUCGGCUGCGCCAUCAGCCAGUCCUUCACAGACAUUGCCAAAGUGUCCGUCGGGCGCUUGCGACCCCAUUUCCUGGACGUUUGCAAUCUCGAUUUCUCGACAAUCAACUGCGCCAAGGGAGUUUACAUUCAGAACUACACUUGCCGGGGCAAUGACAGCACAGUCCAGGAGGCCAGGAAGUCCUUCUUCUCGGGCCACGCGUCCUUCUCCCUCUACACCAUGCUCUACUUGGUGUUUUAUCUGCAGGCCAGAUUCACGUGGAAGGGAGCCCGGCUGCUUCGCCCCCUCCUGCAGUUCACGCUCAUCAUGAUGGCGUUUUACACGGGGCUGUCCCGCGUCUCCGACCACAAGCACCACCCCACCGACGUGCUGGCGGGGUUUGCCCAGGGAGCCCUGGUGGCUUACUGCGUGGUGUUUUACGUCUCAGAUCUCUUCAAACCCAAGACAAAGACUUGCCUGCCUCCACCCCCCAUCCGGAAGGAGAUCCUUUCGCCUGUGGACAUCAUCGAACGGAAUAACCAUCACAACAUGGUGUAGACCUCCGGAAAAAAAAAGAAAUCCGACUUGUUUUUUUAUUUUAUUUUUU